AUGUCUUGGUUCUCCUGGCUCUUCACUCUGAGGCUGCUGCUUGUGGGCAGACAGCUGGGCCUCAGGGUCGGGUUGCAGACAGUUCAGACGGAGACUUGUUCUCGGUGGGGGACACCCAGCAACCAGGGUCUGUUCCAGGAUGGAGAUGUAGUUCUUGGUGGGCUCUUUACUCUUCAUUACCAAAUUCCAGCUAUAGAAAACGACUUCAGUCAGCUGCCGCACUACAAACCUUGCGCCCGUUUAGAACGUGCUUCUUUGCAAUACUUAUAUGCCAUGGUGUUUGCAGUGGAGGAAAUUAAUCACAGCUCAAUGCUGCUACCAGGUCUGAAGCUGGGCUACAGUAUUUUUGAUAGCUGUGGCAGACCGCCGUGGGCUCUUCAGGGAGCACUGUCGCUGGUUGGAGGAGACAGACCCAGCUGUACCUCAACAGAUCCUCCUGACUAUUCUGCAGGAUAUGGAGAGGAAAUUGGAAAAAGAAGAGGUGAUCACCCUGUUCCCCUGAUCAUCGGUGGUGCUUCCUCUGUGACGGCCCAGAUCCUCUCCAGAAUGCUGGGCCCACUCUCUAUAAGCUACCUGGCGAGCUGCCCCUGUCUGAGUGACAGGCAUCAAUUUCCUAACUUCUUCAGGACUAUCCCCAGUGAUAUUUACCAAGCCCGGGCUAUUGCCCAGCUCGCCAUACGCUUCAAUUGGACUUGGAUCGGAGCAGUGGUAGCAAACAAUAAUUAUGGCCACAUGGCAGUAAAGGUAUUUCAGGAGGAGACUCAGGGGGCAGGGGUGUGUCUGGCAUUUGUAAAGACUCUCCAAAGGGAAAGAAUCGUGAGCGACGCCAGACAAGCAGCACUCGCAAUUCAGGCUUCAACUGCAAAAGUGAUUCUGGUCUUUUCCUGGUACACAGAUGUGAGGGAGCUGUUCCUACAACUAGAAAAGAUAAAUGUGACUGACAGACAGUUUCUGGCCAGUGAGGCUUGGAGCACCAGUGGUGAUCUCCUUCAACAUCCGGUGACUUCUAAAGUGGCAAAAGGAGUUCUUGGUGUGGCCAUUAGAAGUUCAGCUGUAACUGGUUUUGAAAAUUACAUCAGAAAUUUGGACCCCAUUGAUCGUCCUGAUGAUACGUUUCUAAGAGAGUUCUGGGAAACUGAAUUUGGAUGCAGUCCUGGUCCAUUAAAUAUUUCUACUUCACCUCCUGCCAUUAGAUCUCUGCAGAAAGCUCUACUAUCACCCUGCAGCGGGACAGAGUCCCUGGAGGGAGUUCACAAUCACUUCACUGACACCUCUCAGCUUAGGGUGACAUAUAAUGUCUACCUUGCUGUUUAUGCGGCAGCCCACGCCCUUCACAGCCUUCUCUCCUGCCCAAACAGAGGCAACUCACCCAGAAACAACAGCUCCACCUGCAGUUCUCCAAACAACAUCAAACCCAUAGAGCUAUUGGGUCACUUGAACAAUGUGAAUUUCACCACACCACAAGGUGAAAUGUUUCAUUUCCAAGGUGCCGACAUUCCAGCAAAGUAUGACCUUGUUAACUGGCAGAACAGCCCUGAGGGGUCACUCAAACUGGUUCUGAUUGGUCGUGUGGACGGCUUUGACCUCCACCUUAAUGAGUCUGCAAUACAGUGGAGCACAGGAUCCAAUCAGGUGCCUGCCUCAGUGUGCAGUGAGAGCUGCCCUCCAGGCACCAGAAAGGCCAACAGGAAAGGAGAACCUCUCUGCUGCUUUGACUGUAUCCCAUGUGCUGAAGGGGAGAUAAGCAAUCAAACUGAUUCCCUUCACUGUGAACGUUGUCCAUCUGAGUUUUGGUCCAAUGCUGAACAAAAUGCCUGCAUCCCUCGCCAGCUGGACUUCCUCUCCUUUAAUGAAACUUUGGGCAUUACUCUGACUACAGCAGCUGUGUCUGGUGUUGCCGUGACAACGGCUGUAUUUAUGGUGUUUGUCUGCUACCGCCAAACACCUAUGGUGCGAGCCAAUAAUUCAGAGCUGAGCUUCCUGCUUCUCCUGUCGUUGAAGCUCUGCUUCCUGUGCUCGCUGGUGUUCAUCGGCCGUCCAUCAGUCUGGGCCUGUCGGUUCCAGCAGGCAGCUUUUGGGAUCAGCUUUGUACUUUGUGUUUCCUGCCUCCAAGUCAAGACUAUUGUAGUUCUGGCAGCUUUCCGCUCAGCCCGGCCUGGUGCUGAAGCCCUAAUUAAGUGGUUUGGUCCAGGCCAACAGAGAGGAAGUGUCUGCCUUCUUACUGGUAUACAGAUUAUCAUCUGUGCCACAUGGCUAUCCCUCAGCCCCCCUGUGCCUCGACGUGAUCUGGGUUUCCAAGGGUCAAAGGUCACCCUGGAGUGUGCCAUGGCCUCAGUGGUGGGUUUCUCUCUGGUUCUGGGCUACAUUGGUCUGCUGGCCUUCACCUGCCUCCUCUUGGCCUUUCUUGCUCGGAAACUCCCUGACAAUUUCAAUGAGGCCAAACUGAUCACCUUCAGCAUGCUGAUAUUCUGUGCUGUCUGGGUGGCCUUUGUCCCUGCGUAUGUUAGCUCUCCUGGAAAGUACACUGUUGCUGUGGAGAUUUUUGCAAUCCUGGCCUCUAGCUAUGGUUUGCUGCUCUGUAUUUUUGCCCCAAAAUGUUUUAUCAUUCUUUUGAGGCCUGAGAAAAACACAAAGAAACACCUGAUGGCAAGGUAG